CCCAGCUUGUGCCUACCCCGCUCUGGGGUUUUUACUACUAAAGUGCUGCUGCUGCUCCUGCUGCAGCCGUUCUGCGAGCCCCUCAGGAGCGGAAAGAGGAGUGUGGUUGGUGAGAAAUGACGCACGGGACAAGGGUUACUGUGUGUGUCUCUCUUGCCGAGACAGACAACGGGACACUCCUCGGUUCCACUAGCCCUUGCCAGGGGAGCACGAGCGAGCUUAGCCUUCCAAGUAGAAGAGGCUGGGCCAGGGAGGGCGAGAGAGUGGGAGGGGAAGAGCUCUCUCCUCCCAAACACUGGGGGUGGGGGGAGGAGGAAGAGAGGCAGAGGCCAAACAAAACGGAGAGUUGAAGUAAAACCUCCUGCCCUGUCUGAGGGGAAAAGGAAAGUGCAGAGUGAGUAAGCCCUGAGGAUGAUAACUUAGUGCAGAGCAGGGAGGGGCAGCCAGUCUUUGCUCAGUGCCUCUGUUGCGGAGCAGCUCAAGUUUGUGCUGUGUUUGUGUGUUUGGGAAGGAGGACAGGGGAGAUGGCACAGGACACUGCUGCAGAUGGGGAUGUGCCCCAGCUGCAGAAAGAAGAGGAGAAGGAAUGGAAGAAGAGGCGGCGGAGGAGGAAGAAGGAAAGCAAGACACGGACUGUGCGCUCCAACUUGCUGCUACCUGGGCCUGAGGCGGAGAAGCCCAAAAGGAGCCCCCUGGCCAAUAAUCGCCUCAAGACUACCAAGUACACAGCUCUGUCCUUCCUGCCCAAGAACCUCUUCGAGCAAUUUCAUCGCCUGGCUAAUGUCUACUUCGUCUUCAUUGCUCUGCUCAACUUCGUGCCAGCGGUGAACGCCUUCCAGCCCGAGCUGGCCCUGGCCCCUGUGCUCUUCAUCCUGGCUGUCACUGCCAUCAAGGACCUGUGGGAGGAUUAUAGCCGCUACAGCUCAGACAAUGAAAUUAACCACAUGGAGUGUCUGGUAUACUGCAGGAAUGAAAAGAAAUACAUGACCAGAUAUUGGAAAGAAGUAGAAGUUGGAGACUUUGUUCAGCUUCGUUGUAAUGAAACCAUACCUGCUGACAUAUUGCUGCUCUCUUCAAGUGAUCCAGAUGGACUGUGUCAUAUAGAAACUGCUAACCUGGAUGGGGAGACCAAUUUAAAACAAAGACAGGUCAUAAGGAGAUUCUUAGAGUUGGACUCGGAAUUUGACCCCUUGAAGUUCACCAGUGUCAUUGAGUGUGAGAAGCCAAACAAUGACUUAAGUAGGUUUCGAGGUUACAUUAUACAUAAAAGUGGAAAAAGGGAUGGAUUAGAUAAAGAAAACCUUUUGUUGCGUGGCUGUACAGUUAGGAACACAGAAGAGGUUACGGGGAUAGUAAUCUAUGCAGGGCACGAGACUAAAGCUUUAUUAAAUAACAGUGGCCCACGUUACAAGCGCAGUAAGCUUGAAAGACAGAUGAAUAUUGAUGUCCUUUGGUGUGUCCUCAUACUGAUAGUCAUGUGUCUAUUUUCAGCCAUUGGUCAUGGCCUUUGGGUGUGGCAAUAUAGUGAGAAGAAACCAGUUUUCAAUGUUCCAGGGAUGGAUGGCAACUAUUUAUCCCCGGUUCUAGCUGCAGUAUAUUUAUUUUUGACAAUGAUAAUAGUAUUUCAGGUUCUGAUUCCAAUUUCUUUGUAUGUAUCCAUUGAAAUAGUGAAAGUGUGCCAAGUAUAUUUCAUUCAUCAAGAUAAGGAUUUAUAUGAUGAAGAGACAGACUCUCAACUACAGUGCAGAGCUUUAAACAUCACAGAAGAUUUAGGGCAGAUGCAGUAUAUAUUCUCAGAUAAGACUGGUACUCUUACUGAAAAUAAGAUGGUUUUCCGAAGAUGUACUGUUUCUGGCAUAGAGUAUUCCCACGAUGCUAAUGCCAAACGUUUAGCCAUGUACCAGGAACCAGAUUCUGAGGAGGAAGAAAUAGCAGCUAAAGGAGGAACAUUAUCCCAGCGGAACAGUGUCAGCAGUCACCAGAGCAUUAAGGUUGUUCACAGAAGCCUGAGUACGAAAUCCCACCGACGCACUGGCAGCAGGGCUGAAGCAAAAAGAGCAAGCAUUCUCUCCAAGCACACUGCAUUCAGCAGCCCAAUGGAAAAAGACAUCACUCCAGAUCCUAACUUGUUAGAAAAAGUAAAUGCAUGUGCAAGAAGUAUUGAGAUCAUGAGAAGUCAUGAACAGCCAUUAUCCCAACUCACACCUGAACUUUCUGACAUCUUUGACUUUUUCAUAGCAUUGACUAUUUGCAAUACAGUUGUUGUUACCUCUCCGGAUCAGCCACGGCAAAAGGUUAGAGUUAGAUUUGAACUUAAGUCUCCGGUCAAGACCAUAGAAGAUUUCAUUCGGAGAUUCACUCCCAGCCGUCUGACCUCUGGAUCAAACAGCAGCAGUUCAUCAAGCCUGACUACCAGUAAAUCAAUGAACAGACUUGGUUCUGGUAUUUUUUCAUCUAUAUCCACUGAGAGCACUUUAUUGAAACUGGAAGAGAAGUUGGCGCACACUGCACAGAUGAAUAAUAAUGGAUUCAGCUUGCAGUCAGGCAGAAGGGCUAUAGGGAGUAGACCUGAAGAAGAAGAACUCCGUUAUGAGGCAGAGAGUCCAGAUGAAGCUGCGCUUGUUUAUGCAGCUCGGGCAUAUAACUGUGCUCUAGUUGGAAGACUGUCAGACCAGGUAUCAGUAGAGCUACCUCACCUGGGAAGGUUAACCUUUGAACUCUUGCACACUCUGGGCUUCGAUUCCAUCAGAAAAAGAAUGUCAGUGGUUGUUAGGCAUCCCCUUACAGAUGAAAUAAAUGUUUACACUAAAGGAGCGGAUUCAGUUAUUAUGGAUCUUCUUCUGCCCUGUUCCUCAGAUGACCCUAGAGGCAAACAUCAAAAAAAAAUCCAAAGCAAAACUCAGAAUUACCUUAAUCUGUAUGCGGUAGAUGGGCUGCGGACCUUAUGUAUUGCCAAGAGAGUUCUAAGCAAAGAAGAAUAUGCUAGCUGGUUAAAAAGUCAUUUAGAAGCAGAAUCUUCUAUUGAAAACCGCGAGGAGCUGCUGUUUCAAUCUGCACUUCGUAUGGAGACAAAUCUGCAUCUACUUGGUGCCACUGGCAUUGAAGACCGUUUACAGGAUGGGGUCCCAGAGGCCAUUGCAAACUUGCGUAAAGCUGGCCUGCAAAUUUGGGUUCUCACUGGAGACAAGCAAGAAACAGCCAUUAAUAUAGCAUAUGCAUGCAAGCUAUUGGAUCACGAUGAGGAAAUCCUCACCUUGAAUGCUGGAUCAUUGGAGACAAGUGCUGCUUUGCUGGACCAGUGUCUGCGGUAUAUAGAGUCUAAGUUUUCAAACAACGCAAUAGACAAGACUGCAGGAAACAUGACAGUUGGAUUUGGACCUCUCUCUCCACCUUCAUCUUCAGUGAAUUCCAGCUUGGGCUUAGUGAUUGAUGGAAAGACUCUGGCUUAUGCUCUGGAUAAAACACUAGAAGAUAAAUUUCUUUCACUAGCCAAGAGAUGUCGUUCAGUUCUGUGUUGUCGCUCUACCCCACUGCAAAAAAGCAUGGUAGUAAAAUUAGUCAGAGAUAAACUCAAAGCAAUGACGUUGGCAAUAGGUGAUGGAGCUAAUGACGUCAGUAUGAUCCAAGUAGCAGACGUGGGUGUGGGGAUCUCUGGUCCAGAAGGCAUGCAGGCAGUGAUGGCGAGUGACUUUGCAGUCCCAAGGUUCCGGCAUUUGGAGAAGCUCUUGCUUGUUCAUGGGCACUGGUGUUAUUCCCGGCUUGCUAAUAUGGUGCUGUAUUUCUUCUACAAAAAUGCAAUGUUUGUGGCCCUUCUCUUCUGGUACCAGUUCUAUUGUGGGUUCUCUGGGUCUUCCAUGAUUGAUCAGUGGUACCUGAUCUUCUUUAAUUUAUUAUUCUCUUCUCUCCCACAACUGGUCACUGGUGUGCUGGAUAAGAAUGUACCAGCUGAAGUGCUAAUUGGAGUACCUCAGCUCUACAAAAGUGGCCAGAACAUGGAGGAGUACCAACCACAUAUGUUUUGGAUGAACAUGAUUGAUGCUCUCUAUCAAAGCCUCGUUUGUUUUUUCAUUCCUUAUUUUAUUUACUAUGACUCAGAGGUGGAUAUAUUCUCCUGGGGAACCCCCAUCACCACAAUAGCUCUUUUCACCAUUAUAUUACAUUUGGCUAUUGAAACCAAAACUUGGACUUUGCUCCACUGGUCAUCUUGUGUCUUCAGUAUCCUUUUAUUUUUCAUUGUGGCUCUGAUUUAUAAUGUUUCUUGUCCAAUAUGUUAUCCUCCAUCCAAUCCCUACUGGACUAUGGAAAAAUUGAUGGGAGAUCCUGUGUUUUACUUGACUUGUAUUAUAUCACCAGUUGUUGCAUUACUGCCCAGAUUUCUGUACCGAACUCUUCAGGGGACUAUUUUUCCAACCAAACUUCAGCUUGGACGCCAGUUGAAUAGAUGGCCUCUGGACGCUCGCAGCCAGAUUCUGAACCGGUUGAAUAUCAAAAAGGAAUCUAUUCCCCAGAAGCUACCAUGUACAGAACAUUCCUCACAGGAUCCUCAGUCAAAUGCUAGUGAUAGUUUUAAGGCCUGCAAACAAACCCCUACUUCAGAACCAUCUCAGCAUGGCUACAACCCAGCUUUCCCAUCAUGUACAAGGGUAGAACACAAAACAGGACUGAGUGUUACUGUCUCGCCUGCUGGCCCCCUGUUAUGUGGGGAAAAUAAACACUCUUCAGUGACAAAUAGUCAAGAACAAUACCUGGAAUUUGACAAAAUUACUCACAAUGCUUCAGAGAUGGAGUCAAUGUCUGUAGAAGAAACGUUCCCAUGGAACUCAACAAUAGACCAGUCAGGCUUCAGUUUAUUGAACUGGAUCACAUCAACACCCUUGUUCAGUCGAUUUGGGAGACUUUUACAACUCCCACCAAGUCAGUUACAAAAUGAAGUGCAGGGCAACGUGUCUGUGCUUGGCUCCACAUCUUCUUUGUAUCAGGACUUCAAAGGCUUAACAGGGAAGAACUCAAAUGACUUUCAAAAACAAAUUAAAGGGACCCCAACAGAUUGCUGUAAAAAUGAAGCUCAUGAAAUCACCUUCUUAUGACAUGGGCCUUGAGUACAUUUAUAUUGUUUCUGUUUGCACAGAUUUAUAGUGAAAUUAUUCCAUUUGUUUCCAGAGAUGAAACAGGAGAUCAAAGGUACAAAAAUUAUUUAAAAAAUCUUUAAAUAUUAUAUAUUGAAAUAAAAGCUUUAAAUAUAAAGAAAAAAUA